CGAAAUAUGUCCCAGAAAUGUCAUGCUCCGAGAGAUCCGUGUCCACCUCGUUUUCGGUUAACUCUUUAAUAAGUGGAGGUGCUGAGGAGACACACUGCACGCCCCGUCAACCUGCGGUCUUUGUCCACGACUACCGAGUCCAACAUUAUUGGGGAUCCGUGCCAAGUCCAACCAAACCGGGGGAGAUGAAUGAUCCCCACCAGCACCUGCACCAGCGCCUCCACCAGCAGCAGCAGCAGCAGCACGGCUUUGGCUUGCCUGAGCACCAUUUCCUCCCGAGGAUGGUGAACUGGGUAGAGCACUCCCAAGCCAGCCGCGGACAGCAGCUCCGUCCUUGCCCCUACACCACGUCCAACGGAAAAGACGAGUCCUAUUUCUUUUUUGACACAGACAAACACUCAAAACCCUUGCCAGACGUUUCCGCUUUUACGAGGCUGAUGUCAGAGAUGGGCUCCCUGAGCAACGCCAGCGGAAACCUCCAAAGCUGCUUCCGUCCAGACCAGUCCUACACCGCUGUCAAACCCGUCGAAUACACCCAGCACCACAUACCUCCCGCUGCCCACUCGCUCUCGUCAAACUCAGACUCGGCCACUCAGCUGUUCAAUUUAAGCUACCCAGCGCUACAGCCGCCCUGCACAGAGUCGGAUAAAAGGGAGAGCGAUGACCUGUCUGUGUGCGACUCUGUCUAUCUACCUCAGAAGAGCAAUAACACCAUGAAGAAGGAGGGACGCGAAACGGUUUUACUGCAAGAGAAGCCCCCUCCAGAGUUUCCUGAAGACGAUAAAACUAUUGGCCAGGAUACGCAAGGGCACGCAGGGGUUGAAAAUGCACCAGGCAGUUGGCUGACCGCAAAGGCUGGAAGGAAAAAGAGAAGUCCGUACAGCAAACACCAGACCCUGGAGCUGGAGAAGGAGUUCCUGUUCAACAUGUACCUGACUCGAGAGCGCCGCCUGGAGAUCAGCCGCGGCGUAGACCUCACAGACAGGCAGGUCAAAAUCUGGUUCCAGAACCGCAGGAUGAAACUGAAAAAGAUGAGCCGGGAGCACAGGGUCCGAGAUCUGACCGCUCACUUCCCCAUAUGAGUGCAAAGGAAUCUCAAACACGGAAAGAAGCGAACAUGCAAACACUUUAAAUAUAAAUACAGACCUGGGUGUUGGCCAUUCGCAGACUUUCUAAACAAUAAAACAAAUCUAAACACGUGGUUCAAAAAUAAGGGUUCUGUUGUGCAAGCUGUAUAAACCGAACUGAAAAUAAGAUUUGCAUGAAAAUAUGAUUACUGCUCAAGUCCAACAAAGUUCUCGUUUUGUCGUAUAAUUUGA